AUAUCAGGGUAGGAAAGGACACUCAAAGUAACCCAGUGUCUUCCAGAUGGGACUCCUUCAGCAAUGUAACACUCUGCUUUCCUGGUUGUUCUUUGAUAUGCAAAGAUUUCCAGGAAAUCUUUAAAGAACUUGGAGUUCUGUUCAUUUUGUUCACAUCAGAUGCUUUCAGUUGUUUAAGGCUUUCUUUGACUUCAGUCUCAACUCUGAAUUCCCUAGGUUUCUAAGAGAUUGUUUUAUUGCUGAUUAUAACAUUUCUAUAUAACAGCUUUUUCUUCAAAAAAAUCCCAAACAAACAACAAACAAACCAAACCCCUAAAACAAACCCCAUAACAAUUGCCCCUCUGAAGCAUGAUCUCUUGCUUAAUGAAGCAGCAUUUAGGAAGAAGUGUUAGUUGUUUGGAUUUUUUUCUUUUUUCCCCACGUCCUACUUCCUAGCCAUUGUACUUCAUGGAUCAGAUGCCAGCACCCUGCUCUGGGUAGUUCUGAAGUUACUGAUACUAUCUGAGUUAGUAGUUAGUGAGUAAUGGCAUGUCACCUAAAAAGCUUAUUGGUGUUAGAUUUAGGAUAUAAACUAGCUUAUUCUGAGUUAAUCUGCUACUACAGGAAACAUUUAUCAAGAGGACUUCAGUCCAAUUUGCCCUAUUUGUGAAUGGUGUAACUGACUUUCUUUGUUUUUCGUACAGGAAUUGUUUCAAUUAUGACUCUCACUGUUCUUGCCUAUGAACGCUACAUUCGAGUAGUCCAUGCAAAAGUGAUUGACUUCACUUGGUCUUGGCGUGCUAUCACAUACAUCUGGCUCUACUCAUUAGCCUGGACAGGAGCACCUCUUUUGGGCUGGAACAGAUACACAUUGGAAAUUCAUGGAUUAGGGUGCUCAGUGGACUGGAAGUCAAAAGACCCCAAUGACACCUCCUUUGUGCUCCUUUUUUUCCUUGGCUGUCUAGUAGUACCUGUUGGGAUCAUGGCCUAUUGCUAUGGCCAUAUUCUGUAUGCAGUAAGAAUGCUUCGCUGUGUGGAAGAUUUCCAGACUGUUCAAGUGAUUAAACUUCUAAAAUAUGAAAAGAAGGUGGCUAAAAUGUGUUUCUUAAUGAUCUCUACAUUCCUUAUUUGUUGGAUGCCCUAUGCAGUGGUCUCCCUCCUGGUAACAUAUGGCUACAGCAACCUUGUAACUCCAACAGUAGCUAUCAUUCCAUCUUUCUUUGCCAAGUCAAGCACUGCUUAUAAUCCAGUCAUCUAUAUCUUCAUGAGUAGAAAGUUUCGACGGUGUCUUUUGCAACUCCUGUGCUUUCGAUUGAUGAGAUUCCAGAGGACUGUGAAAGAGAUACCAGCAACGGGGAAUGACAAACCAAUACGACCAAUAGUUAUGUCUCAGAAAGGAGGGGACAGGCCUAAGAAGAAAGUGACUUUCAGCUCUUCUUCUAUCAUUUUUAUUAUCACCAAUGAUGACACUCAGCAAAUAGAUGACGACAGUAAAUACAAUGGGACAAAAGUAGAUGUCAUCCAAGUAAAGCCAUUGUAGGGAUGAGCUGAAGAGAUGUGAGAAUGAGAUGGACUUCAGCCAGUAGACUGUUCAGGUUGGAGACCAGUUUCAGUGGCAGUGGUGGUCAGACUGCCAAGGGAAACCACAUUCUUAAGCUGUGAAAUACUGAAGGGAUUCUGCAUCUGAAGCUCUUUAGGCAGUUCAGUUUCGGUCACAGUACUGAAAUCUCUGCAUCUGUGCCAAAAUUGCUGAUGAUGUCUUUACUCUGAAUUUUCUUAAAGUAUAUUGUAGGAUCGCCAUUCAGGAGAACUUGGUCAGGCUGGAGGAAUGCACUGACAGAAAUGUUACGAAGUUCAGCAAGGACAAGGGCAAAGUCCUGUUCUUGAGAAGGAAGAAGGAUGCUGCAGCACAGGAGGCUGGGCCCUGGCUGCCUGGGAUGCAGCUUUGUGGAAAAGGAGCAGGGCAUGAUCCUGCAGUGUGCCCUGGCAGAAAGGAAGGACCUCAGCAUCCCAGCCUGUACUGACAGGAUCAGAGCCAGUAGUCUGAAGUGAUUAUUCCCUUGACUCAGCCCUCACUAGAUCACAUCCAGUUUUGGGAUUCCAAUACAAGAAAGACAUCUGUAAAUUGGGGUGAGAUCAGGCUAGUCCCCCAAGAUUGUCAGGGGUUGUAGUACUUGGCCUAUGAGGAGAGGCUGGGGGAGCUGCACUUGGAGAAUGAGAUAAAACCUCUUCAGGGAAACCUGAUAGCAACCCUCCAGCAGAGACCAAUAGGUCUUCAACAUGAUGGAACUAGGUUCUUCAGGGUUACUCAUAGUGGAAGGACUACAGACAACAAGCAUGAACUGAAACAAGAGAGAUUUGGAUGGGCUAUAAGGCAAAUUCAGCCCAAGAACAGCCAAGCAGUUGAACAAGUCAGGCUAGAGAUUUCCUGAGGUUCCUUCCAGCUUCAGUCAUCCUGUGAUCCCUGAACUGCCACCAUUCCCAGUGGUUAUCAGGGAAGAAGGAGGAAUGUUUGAAGUUGUCUGUACUUAGUUGGUCUGAAUUGGUGCUUUUCAGUGUUGAGGGUGGGAAAAGUGGUGUCUGGGGUUAUGGUUAAACCAGCAGCCCCAGAAAGCUGUCCCUGUGUACUCAGCAAGCCAUUCACAUGGUGCUACCUCAUAGGACCUCUGAGCUACAUAGUGAAGAAAAUCAUGCAAAUCAAAGCACCAAUGAAAAAAGGGAAUGGAAGAGGAAGAUGGUUAGCAUUAACAUUUGGACCAUUAGCUGUUCCUGAAGUAAGAGAAAUGCAGAAAUAACAAAGAGGAGGAAGAGAAAGUGUGAAGGGCAAAAGGAUAAGAAGAGAUGAGAAGGUUACAUUAUGAACAUUUAAAAUAAACUAGCUGGCAAGAACUUUCAUGAUUCUGUCAUGCAAAGGGAAAUGGCAGGUAUGGUGAGUACCAUGAUAGCCUCAGAGACAAUUAAUUUCUCUUAAUGAUGUUUCAUUAAUUUAAUGCAUUACAGGAAAAAUGCAUAUGACGAUUUCGCUAGAAUGCCAUUUGUAACCUUCAAAUGCAGGAGCCUCGGUUACAUUGCCUCCCAGCAGCUGGUGCGUUAAGACUCUGUUGGGAGGCAGUUCUGCAUCUCCUUCAUGCUGGGAAAAGGAUCCUCUCUCACCCUGUGUUUUGAGGCAGUCAUGAAUCCUGAAGCUUGUCCACUGAUAUGCCAGUGCAGGGGCUUCUGCUGGUGGCCCAAAUCCCAUGGAAACAAGAAACCAUGGGAUGUGUGGGGUAGAUCUGCUCCACAGCCUUGUGACCUUCCUCCUUUUUUCAACUCCCAGAAGCAGCUAGAUUUAUACUAUAUGUAUCUGACUUCAUGCAGAAGAGUCAAGUCUUAUACUGUUAAGACAUUAUCUUUUAUCACUAUGAUUACGUCAAGAGAUCAGUAUUCACAAGCUUUAUUCUUUGUGCUCCUGUCCUUUGCAUAACAGCAGUAUCCUGAUGCUGUUUCUUGCUCAAGUACUGCAGCAACUAAGUGAAAUGGAUAUCGAAGCACUAUAUUGUGCCAAACCAUCCAGAAAGAACAGCCUUUAAGAAUACAUUUAUCCUUGGCUUAUAUAAACGACCUUCAGCUCAAGAAUGGAAUUUGAGUGUAUGAUGUUCAGAGGUAAGAGAUGAGAAAAAUCUGACUAUGAUGGUGGCAGAUUUCACAAACUCGUAUUUGAUCCACAUAUAAACAUCUCAGUUUGAAAAUAACUGUUGUCAGGUAUUUCUUUUUCAGUCUAUUUUACCACAGUAAAGGAGCCUUAUUUUUGCCUCUCCUUAAGGAAAAGAGGAGGAGGGGGGUGAGGCUGGAACAAUUCCAGAGGGUGGGGAUGCCCAUUCCUACUGCUAUUAAAGGUUAGGAGUAGGUGCCCCUUUUGAGUUGGAUGGGUACUUGCACAUGCCCCAGUCCCUCCCUCGGUGGCAGCAAAAGCAGGAUGAAAAGCCGGAGGGAGAAGUGCACAGCUGACCUCCCUUUCUUCUGCCACAGGCAAGUGCUGCAGCCUCUUCGUUCCAAUUGUCUGACACCCAAGGCUGCUUUGCCUGCUGUUCUGGCCUGGCUCUGCAUUUCAUCUAUCCAGCUCAAGCUGAACGUUAUGAAUGCCUUUCUCUCUCUCCCUCUUUACCAGAUUAGUAUUGAAGAAUUACUUGUAACGCAUUAAAGCUGAAGAGGAAAUUAAAUCGAUUUUCAGUACAAAUUAGAAUGCAGGUUAUUAGCAACAGACUUGGCAUCAAACGCUGCCUGGACCUGGCUCUUCAGCCUCUCAUUUCGUUACAUUUUCAACAGUGUUUGCGCUCCCUCUUGUGGUUUGCUCAGCCCGGUGCUAGUUGAUAGAAGAAUGUGCCUGGCCUUCUAAAAACCUGUUUUCAUUACAUAUUUCCUCUGCAUAUGGGAAGAUUCGCUGUUUUGCGUCUAUUAUAUUUUGUUUAUAUUGCAUAUACUUCUGUCUUUGAAAAUUACGGGAAAUAGAUAUCUGUAAAUAAUAGGAAACCUUGCCUGUCACAGUGAUAAUUUGAGGACCUUAUGUCUGCACGUUCUGGAGAACGCAGCCAGAUAGAAGGCUGGUUGUAUAGAUUGUGUAGGCAUGGUGCUGGAGCAGCAUAUUAAAGUGCUUCUAAAUCCA